AUGGUCAAAAAAUUUGGGAAAGGCGCUGAAAAGAUCACAGCCAAAAGACCCCCAAGGGCUGAUUGGAAAGAAGGCGGGAAAAAGAAACAAGUGGGUGUUUCGGAUAUGACUUUAUUAUCUCGAAUUACUGACAAUGAUAUCAAUGAAAAUCUCGCCUUACGCUGGAAAAAUGGUGACAUUUAUACUUAUAUCGGCCAUGUUCUCAUCAGUGUGAACCCGUUUAAAGACCUGGGGAUUUAUACACAAGAAAUAUUAGACUCUUAUAAAGGAAAAAAUUUGCUGGAGGUUCCACCACAUGUGUUUGCAAUUGCCGAAGCAGCAUAUCACCAUAUGAAUAGCUAUAAGGAAAAUCAGUGUAUAAUUAUCAGUGGUGAAUCGGGUGCCGGUAAAACAGAGGCUGCUAAACAAAUCAUGCAGUAUAUUGCUGCUGUCUCUGUUGGUAAAAGUACUGCGAUUCAAGAAAUCAAGGACAUGGUAUUGGCCACAAACCCUUUGCUCGAGAGUUUUGGGUGUGCCAAAACCCUGCGAAAUGACAACUCGAGUCGACAUGGAAAAUACUUGGAAAUCCAAUUUAAUCCGCAAGGUGCACCUGUGGGAGCUGUUAUUACAAACUACUUGCUGGAAAAGAAUCGGGUGGUCGGUCAAAUUGAAAAUGAGAGAAACUUUCACAUCUUUUAUCAACUAACGAAAUCCGCCCCAGAUGAAUAUAAAGAAAUGUAUGGUUUACAAGGUCCCGAAAGUUUUCUAUACACAAGCAGAAGUCUUUGUUUAGAUGUGGAAGGUAUUGAUGAUGUGAGCGACUUUCAGGAUACCUUGAGAGCCAUGGAUGUUAUUGGUUUACAAAAGACCGAAAAAGAUGAUAUCUUUAGAAUGCUGGCUGUCAUAUUAUGGUUGGGUAAUGUAGUUUUUAAUGAAAAUGAACAAGGUCACGCAGUAGUCUCGGACCCCGAUGUCGUCAACUUUAUUGCAUACCUUAUACAGGUGGAGUAUGAAGACUUGAAUAAAGCACUCACUAUGCGCAUCAUGGAAACACAGCAUGGUGGUCGUCGAGGCAGUAUUUACGAGGUUCCUUUAAACGUGACUCAAGCUCUCGCAGUCCGUGACGCACUUUCCAAAUCCAUCUAUGAGCGUCUCUUUGAAUGGAUUGUGACACGAGUGAAUGUAUCGUUGAAAGCAAGGGAUACGGUCCAGUAUACUAUUGGCGUGCUUGAUAUCUACGGUUUUGAGAUUUUCGAAAACAACAGUUUCGAGCAACUCUGUAUCAAUUACGUGAACGAAAAGCUUCAGCAAAUCUUUAUCGAGCUUACUUUAAAAGCGGAGCAAGAUGAAUAUGUACAGGAGCGUAUUGAAUGGACCCCUAUCGACUUUUUUAAUAAUAAGGUGGUAUGUGAUUUAAUUGAGGCAAAGCGACCUCCUGGUAUUUUUGCCGCUCUCAAUGAUGCGUGUGCUACGGCCCAUGCAGACUCUGGUGCUGCAGAUAAUUCGUUUGUACAGCGACUCGGGUUUUUGGCUUCCAAUCCGUAUUUUGAAGCACGGGGUGGGUCUAAAUUCUUGGUGAAGCAUUAUGCGGGGGAUGUAGCCUACGAUAUUGCAGGUAUCACGGAUAAGAACAAGGACUCUUUGUUGAAGGAUUUAUUAGAUAUGACUGCCAGAUCCCAAGACCCUUUUAUCUCGACCGUCUUAUUCUCGGAACGUAUGGAUCCGAAUUCCAAAAAGAGACCACCAACGGCCAGUGACAAGAUCAAGUUCUCUUGUAAUGCAUUGGUCGAAAAACUCAUGAUGUGUCAUCCAAGUUAUAUUCGUACCAUCAAACCCAAUGAUCACAAAAGCUCGUCUGAAUAUGAUGCAAAGAGAGUGGGCCAUCAGAUUAAAUAUUUGGGACUGUGCGAGAAUAUACGUGUUCGUCGCGCUGGUUUUGCCUACAGAACAUUGUUUGAUAAAUUUGUGGAGAGAUUCUAUUUACUUUGUCCUAGAACAGGGUAUGCAGGCGACUAUAUUUGGCAAGGUGAUGCUCGUAGUGGGUGUCUAGAAAUCCUCAAACACAACCAUAUCCCAGCCAAUGAAUGGCAAAUGGGUACUUCCAAAGUAUUCAUCAAGCAUCCCGAAACAAUAUUUGCAUUGGAAGAACUUCGAGAUCAAUACUGGCACAAUAUGGCUAGACGUAUUCAGAGAGCUUGGCGUGCGCAUGUAAGGUAUAAGCAUCAAUGUGCAGCAAAAAUUCAACAUUACUGGAGACAGAACAAGUACAAUAUCAAAUACCUCCAGUUACGUGAUUAUGGUCAUCAAUUAUUGGCAGGUCGAAAGGAACGUCGGCGGUUCUCUUUAUUAAGCCAACGUAUGUUUAUGGGUGACUAUCUCUCGGUCAGAGAAGGCAUGGGUGUAGGUAAAUUAAUCCAGACCGCCAUUCAGCUUAAACCGGGAGAACAAGUCGAGUUUAGUAUGAAGGGAUCAAUGCUUGUUCCUAGAGCCAUGCGGUCUAGUGUUCCCAGUCCAAGAAUAUUUGUUUUGACGAACCAAAACUUUCAUGUAGUGAUUUCUACCAAAAAUGGUAGAUCGAUACAAAUGACGGAUGAGAAAGUGAUAUCGCUCGAUGUAAUUCAAAGUGUAAGCGUAUCUACCCUUCGUGAUGAUUGGGUUGUACUUCAUUUAAAUGCUUCAACGGAUGGUAGCGACUGUAUUAUAUCUUGUGUUUUUAAGACGGAACUGAUCACUCGUUUAUCUCAACUCACUCAGGGUCGAAUCACGGUCAAGGUGGAUUCUCAAAUUCAAUACAGGAAGAAAAGCGGGAAAACAGCCAUCAUGAAAUUUGUCAAGGAUGAGAGUAUUAAGCAAGGUGAUCGAUACAAGAGUCACAUUGUAUCCGUGCCAUCGGGCGAGCCACCUACGAGCCAAUCACGACCUCCUGCUUCACGAAAAACAAGAGCUGGGACCGUAACAAAUAGUCAAUCUAAAGCCAACUCAAACUCACAGACAAAUAGAUCUAUACCUGAUAUCAAAGUCAGUACGCCUGUAGCAGCUACAGAAGAUAACCCAUAUAAUACAGGAAGAAAUCCGUUACCCUCUAUUCCUGUUCCACCACCACGCAGCCCAACUACGCCAUCCUUACCUGUUUAUAAGGCAAUCUACACUUUUGAGUCUCAAGAAGACAGCGAGCUACCUUUUCAGAUAGGUGAUACAAUGCAAAUUAUAGAGAAAUCUGACAAUGGUUGGUGGCUUGCUCGAAUUAAGGACCGAGAGGGUUGGGUGCCCAGUAAUUAUUUAGAAGAGUGUGUUAAGCCAAGACCACCCCCACCCCCACCCAGAAAAUUCCAUCCUCCAGUUGUUCCCCAGUAA